GGAUGGGGGCGUGACGUCACUGAUCUAGCGCCGCGGUGGCUGAUGGGAAAAAUCGCCAUUUUGUGAGGCCACUUGUUGUUACGCGCCAAUGAAGUCGUAGCUAUGGGAAGAACAUGUUGUGUCGUUGGAUGUAAGGUCCGUUCACACGAUCGAAGGGGCAAAAAAUUAGACAACGGACUUUCUUUUUAUUGUUUUCCGGCCUGGAAACAGAAUGAAGGGAGUCGUGUGUCCGAUGUAACCAAGCGGAGACGGAUGGCCUGGAUAUCCGCCAUAAGACGCACGGACAUACACUUCGCAGACAUCCCACGAUCACUGAAAGUGUGUUCCAGGCAUUUUCAUUCGGGUAAACCAGCAUAUGAGAUGGAUGAGUCUCAUCCAGACUGGGCUCCAGCCCUGCACCUGGGUCACUCUGAAGUCACAGCCACAGUGUCAGAUCGGCAUGCCCGCAGACAGCAUAGACAUCAUUUGAGAGAAUCUGAGGGAGGAGGCCACAAUGAUCAAAACAUCAUGAACGAAGAUGAGAGAGAAGAUGCAGAAGAAGAGGGAUAUAGGGAUCAAGCAGAGGCAGCUGUGGAAGAGGAAGAAUACAGGGAAACGACAGAAACAGACCAACUAGCGGCUAAGAGACUAAGAGUAGAAUGCCAGUUCUGUGAGCAAAGCAGUGCAGAAGUAACACGCCUUUUGCAAGAAAAUAGGGAGCUUAGGUCUGAGUUAAACAAAUUGAAGAUGGAUGAAGAGUUUUUCAAAGAUAAUACAGAGAAGGUACGAUAUUAUACGGGACUUCCAUGUUUUGCAAUUUUGUUUUCAAUGUUUACUACUGUUAAGCCCUUCCUGCCAGUUGCAAAGAAGCUGUCACAGUUUCAAAUGGUUUUACUGACACUCAUUCGUCUAAGGCUUGAUCUUCCAAUCCAGCAUCUUUCACACAUUUUUAAUGUGUCACGUAGAACUCUUUCUGCUACCUUUGCAGACACCAUAGAUGUGCUGUAUGCACGCCUCGCUCCCUUGUUGUACUGGCCUGAGCGGCACUGUUUACAAGCCACAAUGCCACCUCAAUUUCUGCAAGCUUUUGGAAAGCGUGUUGCGAUUAUUGUUGACUGUUUUGAAAUACGUACAGAGAGGCCGUCAAAUUUAAUGGCGCGUGCACAAUCAUUUUCCCACUACAAAGGUACACACACAAUGAAAUACUUGAUAGGAAUUACACCCCAAGGCCUAAUUUCAUUUAUUUCUAAGGGAUGGGGGGGACGAGCAUCUGACAAGCACAUAACCGAGAAUUGUGGGCUUCUUAACAAACUGUUGCCUGGUGAUGUAGUGUUAGCAGACAGAGGCUUUAAUAUUAAAGACAGUGUGGGAAUGAUGUGUGCGGAAGUUAAAAUUCCUGCAUUCACUAAACACAGAUGUCAACUUGAUGCUAAGGAUGUGGAAGACACACGUGCUAUAGCACACCUUAGGAUACAUGUAGAAAGGGUAAUAGGUAGCUUGCGCAAUAAGUACACACUGUUACAUAACACCAUACCAAUUAGUUUGUUGCUUCCCUGUAAGGAUGAAGAAUUUACCUUUCUUGAUAAAAUAGUUAAUGUUUGUUGUAUUCUAGUUAACAUGUGUCCAAGUGUUGUUGUAAGGCCAGAUGAAACAGAAAAGUGUGCAUGUUAAAUGGUAAAAAGACCCCUGGAGAAAUUUGGUGUGUGUGAAUGUGUGGUACCCUCCUGAUAUUGAGCAUGUUUGUA